AUGGAUGAAAGUACAGCUGAAUAUGAAGCGACUCUUUUGAGACUUGAAGAAGAACAACAGAGGGCUUCAACACUUGCUGGAGUAAAUACAAUGCUUCGCGAGCAAUUAGAUCAGGCCACACAUGCAAAUCAAACACUUUCGGCUGAAUUGCAGCGUAUAAAGGAAGAAGCAACUUGUUUACGUGAUGUUCUUGAACGGCGAGAGGCAGAAUGGAAAAAUGAAGAAGCUGCUUUCAAUGAUUAUUUCACGAUGGAACAUGGAAGACUCCUUGCUCUUUGGAGAGCAGUCGUAGCGUGUCGCCGUCAGUUUGUUGAAGUUAGGGGCCAAGUAGAACGUGAAAUCGGAUCCGCUCGGGUAGAAUUAUCCAGGAUAUCGAGAGUAUGUCAAACAGCCUGUGAAAACUUUGCAUCCAACUUACGUACAAUGGAAGCCAGAAACAUGGUUACAAUGGAACAAGAAAAGAAUGAUAAGAAAAAAUUGGAACAUGAAUUAGAUGAAUUAACUAGAAACUGUGAAAAUAUAAAACAGCAAACUAAUGGACAACUUGAACAAGCUAAUCAAAAAAUUACCAACUUAAUUAAUCAAAUGAGUGAAAUGGAAAAACAACUUUCUGAUAAAGAUAGAACAAUUGAUAGUUUACAACGACUACGUACUGGUCAAACUUUAUGUGGACGUAAAGAAGGGGCAGAUAUCAAUGAUCCUUCAGCAAGAGCACUGGUUGAGGAAACACAAGCAUUAUACCAGACACUCAGAGAUAUUUCUCAGUCUAUAUUGAAUGAUGAAAUGAUACCAUCUGAGGCAUUAAGUGGUGCAGAAAAUUGUCACCACCAGUCGAGAUCCCGUUCACCAUGUUAUGCUUCGAAUCCUAAGAUGGUGACCGGCAGUUUCCGUAACUCUAGAGCAGGAGCAUAUGGUCGCACCGGAUCACCGCCACCACCAAUUAAUAAUACAAGUGCUUGUUACUGGGGUGAUUCAGCACUAUCUGCUGUUCAGGCUGCGAUUCAUAAACGUGGACUUCAGGUUUCUGAAUUAACGGCCAAGUUGAACAAUACAAAAGAUCAAUGUGACUCAAUGAAACAUAUGUUAGAUGAUAGUGAAAAUGAAAGAAGAAACUUAGAACGUCAACUAAUGAACAUGCGUGCAGAACUAGACAAUAUGAGAAGAGAAAAAGAAGAUAUGGGAAGAGAAGUAAAACGAAUCACAGCAAAUAUUCAAACUUUGGAUAACGAAAGAGCUGAUCUUGAAAGAUCACGUUCAAAUACUUCUGAAGAACUAAAAAGCUUACAGAGCGAACUAGAACGUGUUCAAAGCGCUUAUAAUGAAUUGCGUAAAAGUAAAGACACAUUAGAAGGAGAAUUAACUUGUGUUCAACGUGAUGCUGAAAGAUAUUUACGAGAGUCUGAACGUUGUCAACGUUGCAUUGAUACACUUGAAGAACGCUUAUCAGCUGAGCGCGAAGAAGUAGCAAACUUACGAAGUGCUCUUCAAAAAUCCAAAUUAGAGGCUGAAAUUAGAGCCAAAGAAUUCGCAGAUAUUCAAGAUGCCCUAUCAAGAGCUGAAACACGGAAGGCAGAAUAUGAAGCUGAAAUAGCACGAUUACGAUCAGAUGAAGCAGCACUAGGUGAACAUUUAUCCAAAUGUCAGAGUAAACUAGAAGAGGUCUCUAACAAAAGGUCGAUUCUUCAGAGCCAGUUGAAAAAUCAGGAAGCCGAAUACAACCAACUGGCAUCUGAUUAUCGAAAUGCUGAUGGAGAUCGUUCCAGCCUGAAAGAAGCACUUAUUCAAAUGGAAUCACAAAAGAAUGAAGUAAUUUAUGAGAAGAACAGCAUUUCUCAAUCUUUAACGAUAUCUGAAGCUGCCCGUGAAAGACUGGAAGAAGAAAUCACCAGUUUGAACAGAGAAAAAUUAGAAAUUACGGAACAGGUAGAGAAAAGAAGAUUUAACAAAGAGAAAGGUGAACUUUCAGCAAAAAUCACUGCACUUACUAGAGAAUUAAAUCAAACUUACGAUUUACUUACAGCAAGUAAAAAAGAACAUAAAAAAUUAGACGCUGACUAUUAUGAAGCGAAACAACAGAUAAUGCAAUUGGAAACUAAACGAGACUUAUUAGAAAAUGAAUUACAAGAACAAAAUUUAAAAAGAGAAAAUUUAUUAGUUGAAUUGAAACGUACUCAAGCAGACCUUCAACAUGAAAUUGAACGUGGACUUCAGGCUCGUGAACAAGCUUCACAGGCUUUACAGAAGCGUGAAGACGAAUUGCAAGGAGCAAUUAGGCUAUCAAAAGAGGCAGCUGAAAAGGAAAUAUCCAGAUUGAGAAAUCAGUUAACUGAAUGUAGACAAUUAUCAGAUAAAGAGUUAAGAGAUCUUACAAUGAAUCAUAAAGAAGCUAUUAAAAGUCUGAUGAAACAGAGUGAACAAGAUAAACAAGAUUUUGAUAAUGAAGAACAAGAACGUGUUACCGUACAUGAACGUUUAAAUAAGUCUUUACAACAAAUUCAAGGAUUAGAAUCAGAAAUCGAGAGAAUUAAACGUGAAGCAUCAGCUCGUCAUGAACGUGAUGACAUUGCCAAAGAACACGCGAACUGA